UAAAUACUGUCUGUCAACAGCUGCAGCUCUCGCUAAAUAUUCUCACUUUUCUGUUCCCGUGAACAAUGGCAUUUAAUGACAUACCCGUCGACACUUUAAAAAGAAAAAUAAAUGAACUUAAGCGGUUUCUCUCCAUAUCAUUAAGUAUCUCAAAUGCGCACACUGUGGACUUUUACACGCGUGAUGUUUGGAGCACGUUUAUGUGUGUGAAUCCAGAGGAAGUGUUGUGUGCUGUCAGUUCCACACAAAACAGCAUGAGGGCGAUAGAAGACAAGGAAAACACUACGUUUGGUUUCUGCAAUGCCUCAAAGAAGUUGGUGGACAUAUCAGCCCUGCUGAGGGCAGCGAAAGCCCACUGUUUACCAGGUCUGGGGGUCUGUAUGCAGCUGGAAGAUCUGAUGCAGAAUCUGAGACUGAUGACUGGAGACACUACAGCAGGACAGUCAUCAGACAAAGCAGUAACACCGGAUGAGUUUAUGAACUGUAAGAAGGCCCAUGAGGUGCAGGCAAUGUCUGAAGUUGUGGCUAGUUUGGCCAAAUACUGCCGAGUCAAACAGGUGAUAGACGUGGGUUCAGGGAAAGGCUACCUGUGCUCCUAUCUGUCCAUGCGGUUCAACCUGCAAGUGUUCGGGAUCGACUCCUCCAGCACCAACACACAUGGAGCUCAGGAGAGGAACAGGAAACUGAAGAAGUUCUCCAAAGCUUAUCAGAAACCAAACAAAGCCACUAGGAAGCAAACUUUGGACAGCGAGGAUACGAGUAUACAACACAGCAGAAACUUUGAAAACAGUGAUGGCAUCAGAAACUUUAUUACUGAGGAAAAGGAAAGCUUUGAGGCUCGAGCGGAUAGCAGUGCUUUAUCAAAACAAGUCACCAAUGAUUUAUCUGCUUCAGAUAAUGCUGGAGAAUGUCCAUUAGACCUGAAUGAUUCAGAUUCAGGAAGCAGCUUCCUCAGUAUGCUGUCUCUAGACGUCACAGAAGACAUCUCUCCCCGCGUCAACCACAGCCAGCUGAGUCUGGAGGAAAGAGAGAAGAGGAAGAGAGAGAAUCUGGAGAGGAAAGCUCGAGAAGGAAGGGGGAACAUCAGAGACGACGGCCUGUUUUCCCCUCUGACCUCAUAUGUCACCGCAGAAACUGAGCUCAAGACGCUGAUCACAGAGCUGGAGGAUGCAGUUCUGGUUGGUCUGCAUACGUGUGGAGAUUUGGCCCCCAGCACUCUGAGGAUGUUCGGGGCCAAACAGGAGCUGCGCGCCGUUUGCAGUGUGGGCUGCUGCUACCAUCUGCUCUCUGAAGAGUUUGAUCACGACAGACAGGGGUGUGUUGAUGGUGUGUGUGGUUUCCCUGUGAGUCAGUAUCUGAAGGCUCAGGAGUGUUUCUGUGGUCGAAAUGCCAGGAUGUCAGCGUGUCUCGCUCUGGAGAGAGUGUCUGCUGGAGGAGGGCUGCCUAUGGAGUCACUUUUUUAUCGGGCGGUUCUUCAUGUUAUUUUACGAGAUCACUACGAUUGCUUUAAAAGUGAGAAACGUGUUGGGAACGUGUACUCCAAAGCCUCGUCGUUUGUGGACUAUGUCAGACGAGCGCUUAAGAAGCUGGAUCUGGAUGACACCAAAUUAUCUGACAGUGACAUACAGAGCUAUCAUGAACACUACAGCCCCAGAAUGAAUGAGAUGGUGGCUUUCAACAUGUUGAAAGUCAUUUUGGCACCCUGUAUAGAGGGUCUCAUCCUCCUCGACCGACUUUGCUACUUGAAAGAGCAGGACAAUGUGUCUCAUUCAGCGCUGGUCCAGCUCUUUGACCCUCUCCAGUCCCCGAGAUGUUAUGCAGUUGUUGGUAUAAAGGAAUCUACAGUCUGAAGACCAAAGCUAUAGCCCUGCUCUUUAGUGUAAUUUAUUGAUUUAAUUUUCAUUUAUUCUUUUGGUAAAACUUUGUUUUAAAUGUUUGUUAUUAAUGUUGUUUUUAAAGUCAAACUCAGAUUGACUCUUGCCAAUUUUUCAAACAAUAAAAAUGCUUUUUUUAUGUAUGUAAUGAUAUUUUACAAAAAAAUAUGUAAAACAUAAAUUGUCAAAAUAGGGUUGUUCUCAGUAAAUUAAAAGCAGUUUUUCAAUCCAGGGUCUUCAAAGACCUGGCUGUAUUACUCUCCAGAUCGGUUCAGUUAUGAUGCAUAACGGUUCGUCUGUAGCUUAAAGCGGAAAGUUAUAGUGAUCAAUGUGACGAAGAACGUUGCUUUUAGUGUUCAUUAGUCUGACUGGUUUAUAAAUCAGUCUCUCAGCCUUAACUGAGCCACACGAGGACAUCAGUCACACUUGAGACGUCUUGUGCUUCCACUUAUUUAACACACCAUUAAUAUUAAUCAGGCAUUGAGCUCUUCAUUAUUUUCAGGCCAAUCCCCACAGACCAUUAUUCUCCUGUCCUAUGUUUUAGUUAAUAUUCAUAAAUGAAACACCUCGAGGUAGCUUUUGUUUUAGCCUGAUUGAUUCUUCAGUGUAGUUUUGCUUAAAACCCCUUUAAGAACUCACAAAGAGUUUUUCUCAUGCAUUUGUUUUACUUUCUCAUACUACUAUAUUUGGUGUUACUAUUUAUGUAUUUGUUUUCAUACUAGGAGGGAAUGUGGCUUUAUAGAGCUCCAAGAGAAAAUUCAAAGCCACUAAUUCUAACUGCAUGAAGUUUAUUUAUUAUGCACAUCGAUCUGUCAUAAUUGUUCAGCAAUAUGGUUUCAUAUGUGAUAAUUAUGAAGUUUCAAAUACAAAGUUCUGUCGAAAGAUUAA